GCUGCUCCUCAGCUUCCAGGCAUCUGUCAAUGAUGCAGAGUCUGGUUCUGGCUUGACUCCCUUGAUGUGCGCGGUGAGAGUUGGAGCUUCUGAAGUGGUUCGCCAACUGAUCAUUGCCAAAGCUGACCUGCAUUUGCGAGACGCGGCGAGCCGGUCGGCACUCCACCACGCUGCCGCGUGCGGGGACGCUGCUGUUCGAGAUGCGGCGGAGCUGCUGCGGCGGCGUGCAGAGGCGAAUGCUAGUGAUUCGGAAGGAGCAACGCCCUUAAUGCUUGCCGCCAGCCUUGGGGCUCCCGAGAUGAUUCGCUUCCUGUUAAAACAAGGUGCAUCGCCUCAGGUCUGCAGGGCAAUGCUGCCCAACAUUUCCCACAAUGCAAGUCUGGAGAUCUUGCGGGGCAUUCUCUGA